GAAUGGGAGACCUCUGGAUCCUGCUGACUGGGCUGUUACAGAUGUUGUGAAUUAUUUCAGAACAGCUGGAUUUGAAGAACAAGCCAAUGCUUUUCAGGAACAGCUUCACAGAAGCGGAUCCCAUCAGGAACACAUAUGAAUGAGUGGAUGUGGGGAACGCCAUCCUGCAGUUUAGAGCAGACAUAGCCGCUCGGGGCUCGCCCUGCGCAGCCGGGAAACCAAAAUGCCUGCGGGAUCUGCGUGGUGCCGGCCCGCUUUGCUCUUACUUCUCUCCUCCGUGCCCCUGCGGGCCGCUGAGAUCUCCUGCAGGAAUGAAGACGGGGAGACGGUGGAUUGGUUCGCUCUUUAUAAGCUGCCAAAACAUGCCAAAGGCCAGAUUCCCUUGCUGGGACUGGAAUACCUGUACAUGGAUGCCCUGGCUCCGCAGUGGCAGCUUGGUAAAUACCUCAUCAACAUGACACAGGGUGCUCUGGGACGAACACUGCAGCAGCUGUAUGAGACGUAUAAAUCCAAGACGAACACCACUGCAUAUGCGAUAUACAACGACGAGACCCCUGUAUCAGACUCCAAAGGGUCGAAACAUGGACACACCAAAGGAUUUCUGUUCCUGGAUAAAUCACAAGGCUUCUGGGUGAUUCACAGUGUGCCCCUGUUCCCUCCCAUCCCUGAGGAUGGUUAUGGAUAUCCAUCUACUGGGGAGUCCUUUGGACAGACAGCCAUCUGUAUAACCUUCAAAUAUGAUCAGUUCAUAGAAAUAGACCAACAGAUGCUGAUUUAUAAUCCAGGAAUCUACAGCUGUUCCAUCCCUGACAUCUUCCAAGCUGAUCUCCCAAAUCUCCAGAAACUCUGUGCAAAGUCCAGGCUGCCCUCAGCCCCCUUGCUCCACCUCUCCAAGCUCCAGUCAGCUCAUGGGGAAACGUUUCUCCACUUUGCUAAGUCACACUUGUUCAUAGAUGAUAUCUAUGUGGCCUGGAUGGCUCAGGAACUGAAGACUGAUUUGUUGGCUGAAUCCUGGCAGCAUUCUGGCAAAAAACUUUAUUCAAAUUGCUCUCUUGACUACCACGUCUACAACAUAAACAUAAUAGGGGUGCCAUUGAACUCCACCUUUCGCUCCAUUAAUGAUCAUUCCAAAUGGGCUGUUUCAAGGAAAUAUGAAGAUCAGUGGACAUGUGUUGGAGACUUGAACCGUGCUGUCGAGCAAGCUUGGAGAAGUGGUGGGUUCAUCUGUACCCAGAACAAACAGAUCUACCAAGCCUUCAGGCAUUUGAUAGUCCACUAUGAAAGCUGCACUUCUGCUCCCAGAGAGCUAUAACCAGCCAUUCCUCCCAACCAGCACAGCCCUUGCUGCGUGGGAAGUGUAGGAAAUGUCUCCCUUGAAUUGUAUUUUCAUUCUGCAAAGCAGCCCCGUGAGUUUCCAGGUGUGCCAGGCCAUCCCCUUGUUAGCAGGGGGUGUGCAGGUGAAGGACAGCUGUUUUCCUGUGGUGUGGGGCCCUCAGGGUGUGUGUGUGGGCCCUGUUCUGCUCCCCUGGCUCCUCUCUGCAUCCCCACCGGGAUGGGACGGGAGGGACGCUGCUGCACGGGGCUGCACCAGAGCACAUCCCUGUGAACACCCUGCAUGGGCAUCCCUGGGCACCUUGGGAGUGGGGCUGGACACGGGACAGGGGACAACAGAAACCCCUCUCAUGAGCUGGGCUCUCAGGACUGGGCAGGUAGCAAGGGAUAAAUACCCCAAAAUACUUCAAAAUUGCCCUGGAUUUCUGGUACUGUUGAGAUAAAUCCCAGCAUUUCUGCUCAGCUUGGGCUGAGCCUAUAAAAGCUGAGAAAAUAUGAUCCAGAUGAGUCCUCAAAUCUGCUCAUCUAGGGAGAUGAGUAGAUCUGAGGACAGGAAGGCCUCAUUUUUACAUGAAUCAUUUUUAGAGAAUUAAUGAACUUUAAAUGAUCUUUAUAUUAUCUGUAACCAAUAGCUUGGAAAUAUUUCUAGUGCUUUUAUUCAUGUACAGAAUUUUUAUAAGCAAAUAAACAUGUCCAAAUUAUGAAUAAGCAAAAUAA